AUGUAUUUCAAUUUUGCUCUCACAAGUUUGAUUGAAAUUCCUGCACAUUUUCUCGCUAUCGACAACUGUGAAAGGUACGCUUAUGUAUUUUCUAAUUUCUAAUUUCUAAUGCAUUUUCUUUAUUACUAAAAGAUAUUGAGGAUCAACAAUGGGAUUUUUAACUCUUAGGUCUAGAAUGAGUAGUACAUGCACUAAUUUUCUUUGACAAUUAAUAGGGGGGGGUAGAACCGAAGGGAAAAUGUUUUUCUUUGUAAAAAGUUUGCUGAUCCAACCAUUAAAAAGUCGAAUUAUUUUUACCCAACCUGAAAUAUCUAUCAAAAAAUAAAAAUAUCCACCCCUGGUCAAAAACUUACAAAAGGAUACCAUUCAGUUGUCACACAUGUCCUUUACUACUUCUGUGACAUGAGUUUGAUAACUGCUUGUGCAAUUUUCUGCAGUGUAAUGUGAGACAGCAUUUGCCUCUUGACAAGUCGGAAAAUGAUCAAGAUAGUGACUUUGAUUGAUUUACAUAUUGUAUUGACAUAUGACUGUUGAGAUUGCUUUUUAGUCUAGUUGAGUGAGUCAUGCUUUGGAAAUGACAAUAAAUGUUUAUUACCCAACCCUUUUUCAUUUACCCAACCUUUUACUCACUCAAAACUUUGUUUACCCAAUCCUUUUCUCUUCGGUGCCACCCGCCCUAAAUAAUAGAGAGUUUAAGCUUCGCGUUAUACGUCAAACGGCAAACGCCAGGCAAAGAAAAAUUUACGGUAUCAAGUAAUAAAGAGUAAAUGAACUUGCUGUUUUAAAACUGAAAUACAUAAUUAUUCUUUCGACGCCGGCAAGAAAAUAUGAAACGAACCUGCCGUUUGCCGUUCCCGAAAACGUGAAGCUUAAUCUCCCUAAUGACCGCCGUCAUGUUACGUGGGUUGAACGUAUGUAACUGCACACGCCUCAGUAAGAGCUGUUGUUCCCCUAAGUGGCUUGCUCUCUCGCAUAGUACAGCCAUUUUUGUGAAUGGAUUUUCUCCCUUGUUGAUAAUUAUUCCGUGUUGCAACGCUCUCUUUAUACUUGGCAUUUCUCAUGAUUCUUGUGUAAGAACACUAAUACUUAUCUUUGGUUCAUUUUAGGAUUGGUCGUAAGAAGACUGUGAUUAUAUACAUGAUCCUUGGUGGAAUUGCGUGCGUUGUUGUUUCGCUCAUUCCUGCUGGUACUGAAAGAACAGGUAUGCAUAUCUCCGCCAGCGGAUAAAACUAUACAAUGGGCUAAGGGAGCGGUCAUUAUUUGUGGUGGUGGGGGGGGGGGUGGCACCGAAGAGAAAAUGGUUGGGUAAACAAAAUUUUGAGUAAGUAAAAGGUUGGGUAAAUGAAAAACAAAAAAACUCAAGGGUUGGGUAAGAAAAAAAUGUUCCACGCCAAGCAUGUCUUACUAAAAUAUUGAAGACUAAAAAGCAAUGUCAACAGUCAUGUGUCAAUACAAUAUGUGAAUCUACCAGAAUCACUAUCUUGAUAUUUUCCGAUUUGUCGGGAGACAAAUGAUGUCUCCAAAGAAACUACAUGUGCAGACAAUAUGAAACUUUAGACUGCAGAAAAUUUCACAAACUGUUAUAAAACUCAUGUCACAGAAGUGGUAAAGGACAUGUGUGACAAUUGAAUGGUAUCCUUUUGUAAAGUUUUGGCCAGGGGCGGGUAUUUAUUUUUUAAUUGAUUUUCAAGGUUGGGCAAUCAAAUUUUUGACUUUUUAAUGGUUGGGUCAGCAAAAGUUUUGCCACGAAAAACGUUUCUCUUCGGUGCCACCCCCCACCAUAAAUAAUGACCCGUCCCUAAUGGACAACUUGCAUGUUAGACUAAAUUUUAUUCUAAGUAAAGAGGAGGGAAUCAAACACCACAGCUAAAAAGAACAUAAUGAAAUUAGUAAAAUUGCAAAAUGUAGUUGCGAAAUGUUGUAAAGCUCGGAAAAUAUAGUCUAGCAAAGUUUGCAAUUUUGUAUAUGUUUGUAUUACGUGCGGAAAUUGUUACCAUUUUCGGCUCAAAAAUGCAUGGUAACAAUUUCCGCACGUAAUAUACAAGCAUCAAUAGAAAAUAUGUAAACUUCGCAAGGCUAUAUUUAAGCUUUACAAUAUUUCGUAACCAAAUUUUGGACGCGGGGAAUUUACUUUUUUUGCCUAGAUCAAAAAUUAGUCUAACAUGCGAGUUGUCUAUUAUGCAUGAAGUUACUUGUUUGCCAUUUGAUAACGUAUUGUUCUUGGGUUCGCAGUAAUUGGCUAAUCGCUGUUGCGAAUACCCUGCCAUGCAUAGAUUGCUGAGAACAGCGCAAUUUAAUCGAAAUACAUUUCUUCUCCAGAUUUUAUUGUUGGACGUGUUAUCGGUGGUAUGCUAGGAAAAGGUUUCAUUACAGUCUCCUACGGCGCCAUAGUCGUUUGGUCAACAGAGCUUUUCCCAACCAUUGUCAGGUAAUCCUAUACCAGAGUGUACAUGGGCUUAAUUCCUGAUUGAGACAUUCAAAAGUAAUUUUCAGACUUAGACCCCUGGGAUAAUUUUAAAGAAAUUUUAUCACUGCACAAAACCCCCCAUAAAAUAGCUGCAUGUCACAUAGCGAAGCAGCGCUGAGUACAGCUCUCUAGAUUGUACGUUAUUCAGUGCUGUAGCCUACUGAGAAAUCUCAAAUCAUUAAUCAGAAUUCCUGAGUAAAUUAGCCAACCAUAUUACUUUUCACAUGAUAAUACUGGAUACUUGGUGAAGUAUAUUGAUUGAAAUCUCACACAAAUAAAUCACUACUUAAAUUUUAAGUGAGGUGAAUUCAGUUUGAUCCUAGGACUGAAUUAAUUUUGAUCCAGUCCUAGUUUUGAAAUCUAGUCCAGGCCUCAUAAAAUAUCACAUCCAAAACAGGAAAAUUUACGAAAUGUAAAUGGGAACCUAAGAACCCAACUAGGUGAUGGGGAAUUGCAAAACACAGAACGUUUCGGGGAACUGGGGCAGUGGGGGGCCUUGUGCUUUAGCCUCCAGAGGUUGAUUUCUUGUAUUUCCACUUUCACCAGACACAAUUUUCGAUACAUUCCAUCUUGAGAGGUUGAAUAUUAGGGCAUAUAAAAUUCAUAUAUUAAAAGGGGACAACGUUAAUAAGUGAAAACCGACAUAACUUAUUGUCUUCUUGUGCUUAUCGUGCUUUGGAACAAUUUAAACAUAAUAUAUUUGUGAUAAAUUAUACACUCCUUUCGCGAAUUAAUAUCACCUAUAUAUAUAUAGUUAAACAUUAAAGAAAAUCAGCACUGCACAAAAUCGCCUGAUUUAUCACUGCGCAACUCCUAUUUAUCAUUGGACAAAUUGGAAAAUAUAUAGGCGAAGCUUAAGUCCUGCUGCAUGCUUGUGUUUCUAUAGUUGUAACGGGUAUACUCACGCACAGCUCUGAUCAGCCGUGUUCUAUACCAUUACUUUGCAUGUUAAGCUGAGAGCCUUGAGUUUCACAAAUACUAUUUAUUUUACAUUUUCCAGGAACAGUGGCAUGGCAAUAACGUAUGUCUCGACCUGCCUUGGAUCUGCGGCUGCACCCUUUGUUUUGGAGCUGGACAGAAUUCAUCCAAUAUUACCAUUUGGUCUUAUGGGAGGUUUGGCUGUCGUCGCUGCCUUGUUGGGUUUGCUUUUGCCCGAGACCAGAGGAAGGCCGACUGCUGAAGUUUUCGAAAGCAAAAACAGCGGUAUACAACCUCAUAUUAGGGACCGGUCAUAAAGUAACUGCUAGGGUGGGCUGGAGUGAUUUGGGAUGGGUCAUGGAAAAUCUUUGGGCAGUUGCGAUGGGCCGCCAAUUUUUUUGUAUGUCCACGGUUGGGCCACCAAACAAAAACCCAUGCAUGUCUACUUCAAAAGAUAUUAAUAAUGAAAGUAAACUGACAAAACUAUCCAAAUUAUCAAAUGCAAAUGAUGCUAUUGAAGCCAGUACUUUAAUUGUUUAUACAACAACAAGAAGUGGUCAAAUCACAGCAAAUACAACCAACUGGAGAACAGCUCAGUAUCAACGUGUUGGUCAAGCUUGGUGGAAUUAUGUAUGUCAAUACAGAGCCGUGUAUAUUAUUUACAAUGUUCAUGCCUGCAAGUUUUUUUUUUUAUUAUAAAAGUGUAUUUUCCCAAUUUAGAUUGGGUGGGUCAUGAAAAAUUUUUGUAAUAUUAGAUGGGCUUUGAAAUUUUUAUCUACAUCCUAAGAUGGGUCACCGAACUUAUUGGCAAAAUUUGUGAUUUACCUCUAGCCCACCCUAGCAGUUACUUUAUGACCAGUCCCUUAUAUAACUUCAAAUUAUAUAUGUAUCAUCAAUCCUUAUACCUUGGGUUUUACGAUUUCCACCCAAUUUAUUGCCUCUGAUCUUUUGUUAUGAAGCAAAAACAAAAUAAACUGUUUGGCUGCUCGUCCAAUUUAACGAUUUUAUUCGUCAUAAAAUUCGCCGCGACAAUUUAGAAAGAGCUUAAGGUCCAGACACACCGGACGCGAUUCGACAACGCGACGCGAUUUUUUAGUUUUUGAAAGUUAAUCUUGAAAACAGCCAAUGAGAGCGAAUUUUGAAAGAUAUGUAGACCAAAUAACUCAAAAUGUUACAGCGCUUCUAAAUAUUUGGAAAAUUUAAACUAGAAUCAAAGUUAUCGAUCAGUCAGAAAAUCGAAAAAUCGCGUCGCGUUGUCGAAUCGCGUCCGGACCAUUAUAUGAGUGCUACAUAGCAGCAAGAAAAAAGUGCGGAAUCUUAUUGGUUAAAAAUUUGGUGAUCGUCUGGCGCUCAACGAAAAGUAGAACGUCAAUUCAACUUUUCGUCGAGCGCUAGACGAUCGCUCUUCGGACAUAUAUUUUCAAUUGCGCAUUUGUCGUCGCGAACUGUUUUGACGAUCGUCCCAAAAAUCGUCUAUAGUGUCUAUUGAAGAUCCGCCUUAUGCCUGGAAUGGCGCUUCGUGCCAUUGGCUCGGGGAUUGGCAAUGGGCUAAAUAGACACUCAGUCUAUUCUGCCCGGCAAAGCAAGACAUUAAUAAAUUAAAACUAAAUUGGACCGAUAAAUAUGCAGCAUUGCACAUAUAUACAGAUAAUUAUUAGGCAGUAUUGCAUAUAUGAAUAUAUUGAGAAAGUUAAUUUGCCAAAUUUUUUUGCUUUUAAUUUCAGAAAAAGCUACAGAAACGAUUAUUUUGAAUCGAAACAUUGAAGAUCAGAACGAAAAAAUCUCCUGA